AAUGACCAAGUAUAAUGCAAGUUCCAUUCAAAUACUCAAUUCAACUUAGUGUUUUUAAUUAAUCAAUGGCCACUUCCACAUUUCUCUCCCUUUCAUGCACUCCCCAAAGCAUGUUGCAUUCCAAACACAAGUCACACACACGAUCCUCAACUAUGUCAUUGUUGUCACCCCAAGUAGGACUAAAAAACCUCUAUCACCCUCUAAGGAACAAUGUGUCUUCUCCUAUUCAAUUGAAACCUAGGAGAAUUCAUGUUGGUGGCUUAGUAAAGGCAUCAAUAAAUAACAACAAGAAUGUGGAGGUGUUAAGUAAAGAGCAUCUUUCUGUGUCUUUGGCCAAACAUAUUGCUGACCUCUCCAAUAAAUACAUUAGAGAGAAAGGACGUUUCACUGUCGUUUUGUCUCCUGGACCUGUCAAGUACCUUAGGAAGCUGGUGGAACCUCCAUAUUGUGACACUAUCGAUUGGUCUAAGUGGCAUAUAUUUUUGGUGGAUGAGAGAGUGGUGCCAAAGACUCACGUAGAUAGCAAUUACAAACUUGCUUAUGAUGGAUUCAUCUCUAGGGUACCAAUCCCCGCACUAAAUGUGUACACAAUUGAUGAUGCCUUACCAGCAGAUGGAGCAGCAGAUGUUUAUGAAACAACAGUGAGACGUUUAGUGACAAGCAGUGUGAUAUCAACAUCACCUCUCACAGGAUUCCCAAAAUUUGAUCUUAUGUUAUUAGAUAUGGGACCUGAUGGACAUGUAGCUUCUCUGUUUCCAGGGUACCCUGCAACAAAUGAGAAUAAUAAAUGGGUUACUUAUCUAAAAAAUGCCCCUAAACCACCUCCUGAGAGAAUCACUUUUACAUUGCCAGUGAUCAAUGCUUCUUCAAAUAUUGCUAUGGUUGUGACUGGUGCUGGUAAAGCUGAUGUUGUUUACUCUGCACUUGAGAAACCUCCUAAUGCUGAUAAUUAUCUUCCUAUUCAAAAGGUUUCACCUGAGGGAGAGAUUAAAUGGUUCUUGGAUAAGGGUGCAGCUUCAAGGCUGUAUAGUUAAUUUGAGUGAGCGUUUGGAUUGAUAGGGAGUUUGACUGAAUUAUACAUGGUCUGUCGUGAUUUUGACAAAACUUACACUUUGUAAUUUUGAAAAAUCAUGACACUGCUAUGAUUUUGUUAAAUUCACUACGUUCUAAAUAGACACAUAAUAUAUAUAUUUUAAAGAGAAAAUAAAGCAAAUUAUAUGGGAUUGCUACUCACGAUUUAAAUUAA